UUCGAUCCAAACAACAACUACAACUUAUCGAGAGAAAGAAGAGAGGUUAUGAUCGUCAUGUUCCCUUUAAAAAUUGCUGCAUGUUCGUAUUUAGUAAAGACAUUUGGUAAUUGAUUAAAAAAAUGCAUAUUUUGAAUGACAUUGUAGUCUGUUCAUGUUCAUUAUCAUAACUCUGCGAUCAACAUGAAUUAUGGACAGGUUUCUCGACUUCAGAAGUAUAAACUUAUUUCAAAAUUAACGAAUUUGAUCGGCAAUGUGUCCAGCAAAGUGAAGAAUUUUGAAACACCAGAGAGGUUGAAAGGAACAUUCCUCGAACGAUGGGGCAAAUACUGGAAGAAUGUUUAUAUAGACUACAAAGAUGUAGCCGAUAGCGUUGUCAAAGACUGCAGAGAACGUCCUAUACGAGCUUCUGUGUAUGCUUCCUUUAUAGGAUUGGGUGUGUAUAUGAACAAGCAUAAUCCAGACGAAUGCAUCUUCAGAGAACAGUUAUUGCAAAGUACUAUGAAAGUAAUGCAAGUGGGACAAUCCAUACGCAAUCCCAUAUCCGAACAUCACGUGAAGUGGCUAGGACAGUGCUAUAACGAAGGAAUUAUACGGCAACUGAAUUUAGGUAUAGUUUCUUUAAUUUGGUUGGAUAACUACGAUGAAGCAUGUUCACUAUAUAAAGCAUCAUGCUCUUAUUUGAAACCUCGAUAUAUAACAUUCUAUCACAGAGUGGUGGAUGUAGGAUUCUUAGAUACAUGGUGGGUUUUAGAAAGUAGAAUGAAAGAUUAUGAUGUAAACGAAGCAGAAUUUAGUAAUGUGGAAUAUGCAUAAAAUGUUUUAGGCAUGUUUCUAUUAUGCGAAUUACUUAAAAAUUGCGUAAUUUUUUGUGAUGAAUACUUAACAGUACAAACUUUGUAUGAAUGUGAUUGCUUGUUAUAAUAAAUGUAUGUUAUUAAUUACUA